UUGCUGUUCUCCCUCUCUCCUCUCUGUAAAACCAUGGCCCAUCGGCUGCGGUUUCAUUUUGGUGCUGGGCGAAGCAACACGGCCCCCGAGUCGGAGGUCCUGGACCGGGAGCGAGAAGAUGACUUUUUCAUGGCAUUCCACACUCUGCCGAGGAGGAGCAGCCCUCACGCCUUCUCCCGCCACGCCGCGGACUACGGUGGCGGCGGGGAGUUGCAAGAAGUGGGCUCCUUGAAACGGAGCACAUCCAUGUUUAUUCCCCAUCUGCUGCACAGCAUCGAUGCGCGGCCGACGCGGAGCUCCUCCAUGCAGAUCUCUCUCCAGCGCAAAGCUGCCGAUGGCUGCGCGGACGAGUGCGCAAGCCCCGGCUCUCUGGAGGAGACGCUACCCUGCGAGCCCCGGGGCAGCCCCGAGCCCCAGGCUUCCCCCGAGGGCAACCAGGCGUCCUCUCCCGGUGCUCCAGAGGCCGCUCCGGAGAGCUCUGCAGGGCCGGAGCAACAGGUGAAUGGCGCUGCCUGCUGCAGUCGCAGGGUGUUCUGUGCUGUUCCCUCCAACGGCCAGAGCCAGGAGGCUUCCUCAGCUGCCCAGGGAGGUGAGGCAAGGGAAGCGGCAUCGGGUCUGAACAUCGGUGGCGUGAGGAUUCAGCACCGGGCCUCAAGUGCAGACGUGCCUCAGGUUACUCUCCUACCCUUUGGUGCCGAGGCUCAGAACAGUGCUGCCAGCCCUGAGCCGCGGCGCUGGUCCCUGCAGCAUGUACCAGAUGUGUCAGCAAGCUCCGGGAAGAAGUUCCUUGUUCUGCAGUUGCAGCAGCCGCAGGCGAGCGACACGGGUGCAGGAGGCGAAUACAACUUUGGAUUCACUGGCACCAAAGGGGACAGGCUGGUCAGGUUCCCUCGGAUACGGCUGGAGCGCAGCACGUCCUACCCCGUGCAGCCGCCGGCGGAGGAGAGCGGCCCCGCGGGCGAUGCGCGGAGCUCGGAGCCGCACGGAGCCGGCACUAACGCAACGGAAGUCUCGAGGAGCAACUCGGUAGAACGGAUUCCUCAGGGGCAGGGAUGCCUGUUCAAAAUCAGACCAGACCAGAACACGAGGCAGCAGCACUUCAGGAUUCUGGUCACCCGUGGUCCCGAAGAGCAAACUCGGGGUGUUGGUGCGGAGGGGCGCGGCACCCCUGCUCCCACGGCAGCCAGCGCCGCAACUCGGGAUGACUUCCUGGGCCAGGUGGAUGUGCCACUCAGUCACCUCCCGACUGAAGACCCCGCCAUGGAAAGGCCAUACACCUUCAAGGACUUCCUGCUCAGGCCAAGAAGCCACAAGUCUCGAGUGAAGGGGUUCCUGAGGCUGAAGAUGGCUUACAUGCCGAAAAACGGAGGCCACGAGGACGAGGGCGGCGAGCAGAGAGAUGACUCUGAGCACGGCUGGGACGUGGUUGACUCUGCCGACUCGGCCUCGCAGCGCCAGGAGGAGCUGCCACCUCCUCCACUGCCUCCUGGCUGGGAAGAAAAGGUGGACAACCUGGGGCGGACUUACUACGUCAACCACAACAACAGGACCACGCAGUGGCAUCGGCCAAGUCUGAUUGAUGUGGGAUCUGACUCGGAUAACAACAUCAGGCAGAUCAAUCAAGAGGCAGCCCACAGGCGGUUCCGCUCCCGCAGACACAUCAGUGAGGAUCUGGAACCAGAACCUAUGGAGAGUGGAGACAUUCCUGAGCCUUGGGAAACUAUUUCUGAGGAGGCGAGCGCCAGCGGAGACUCCUUGAGCCUGUCGCUGCCACCGCCCCCUGCGUCGCCAGUCUCCCGCACCAGUCCCCAGGAGCUGUCUGAGGAGCUGAGCAGGAGGCUGCAGCUCACUCCGGACUCCAAUGGGGAGCAGCUCGGUGCUCUGAUGCAGAGAGACCCUUCUUCCAGGCUGAGAUCCUGCAGCGUAACCGACACCAUCGCCGAGCAGUCUCAGUUAUCCCUGCAGAGCAGCCCGUCUGGGAGAGCUCGUUCUUCAACCGUCACCGGUGGCGAGGAGCCCACGCCCUCCGUGGCCUAUGUGCACACCACGCCAGGCCUGCCCUCGGGCUGGGAGGAGAGGAAGGACGCCAAGGGCCGCACUUACUACGUCAACCACAACAACCGCACCACCACCUGGACGCGGCCCAUCAUGCAGCUUGCAGAAGAUGGCAUGGUCGGGUCAGCAGCCAACAGCGGCAACCAUUUAAGUGAACCCCAGAUCAGGCGGCCUCGCAGCCUCAGCUCCCCCACAGUGACCCUGUCGGCCCCUCUGGAGGGAAUGAAGGACUCGCCGGUGCGCAGAGCGGUGAAGGACACCCUGUCCAACCCCCAGUCUCCACAGCCCUCGCCCUACAACUCCCCUAAGCCACAGCACAAAGUUGCACAGAGCUUCCUUCCUCCUGGCUGGGAGAUGCGAAUAGCGCCCAACGGGAGGCCCUUCUUCAUCGAUCACAACACUAAAACUACCACGUGGGAGGACCCACGGCUGAAGUUCCCAGUGCAUCUGAGAUCCAAAGCGACUCUGAACCCUAACGACCUGGGCCCUCUUCCUCCUGGCUGGGAGGAAAGAAUCCACCUGGAUGGAAGAACGUUUUACAUAGACCACAGAAGCCAGGUGUUGAUAUGUGGAGACAUUGAUACCAGAGACUUAGUGCCCUCGUACGAUAACAAGAUCACCCAGUGGGAGGACCCCCGGCUGCAGAACCCUGCCAUCACCGGCCCUGCAGUGCCCUACUCCAGGGAGUUCAAGCAGAAGUAUGACUACUUCCGGAAGAAGCUCAAGAAGCCAGCCGACAUCCCAAACAGAUUUGAGAUGAAACUACACAGGAAUAAUAUUUUUGAGGAGUCCUACAGAAGAAUCAUGUCUGUGAAGAGACCUGAUGUACUGAAAGCCAGGCUCUGGAUUGAAUUUGAGUCAGAAAAAGGACUUGACUAUGGAGGUGUGGCCAGAGAGUGGUUUUUUCUCUUGUCCAAGGAGAUGUUUAACCCCUACUAUGGUCUCUUUGAAUACUCAGCAACGGACAACUACACACUUCAGAUUAAUCCUAAUUCAGGUCUCUGUAACGAGGACCACCUGUCCUACUUCACCUUCAUCGGCCGCGUGGCUGGCCUGGCAGUGUACCACGGCAAGCUCCUGGACGGCUUCUUCAUCAGACCCUUUUACAAGAUGAUGCUGGGGAAGCCAAUAACUCUGAAGGACAUGGAGUCGGUGGACAGUGAAUACUACAACUCUCUGAAGUGGAUCCUGGAAAACGACCCUACAGAGCUGGACCUCAUGUUCUGCAUAGAUGAGGAAAACUUUGGACAGACCUAUCAAGUGGACCUGAAGCCGAACGGGUCAGAGAUCAUGGUCACCAACGAAAACAAGAGGGAGUACAUCGACCUGGUGAUCCAGUGGAGGUUUGUGAACAGAGUUCAGAAGCAGAUGAAUGCUUUUCUGGAGGGGUUCACAGAACUGCUGCCUAUUGAUCUGAUUAAAAUAUUUGAUGAAAACGAGCUAGAGCUGCUGAUGUGUGGCCUUGGUGACGUGGAUGUCAACGACUGGAGACAACACACGAUCUACAAGAACGGGUACUGCCCAAACCACCCUGUCAUCCAGUGGUUCUGGAAGGCCGUCCUGCUGAUGGAUGCUGAGAAGCGGAUUCGGUUGCUGCAGUUUGUCACUGGGACCUCACGAGUGCCUAUGAAUGGAUUUGCUGAACUCUAUGGUUCAAACGGUCCUCAGCUGUUUACAAUAGAGCAAUGGGGAACUCCUGAUAAGCUACCCAGAGCUCACACAUGCUUUAAUCGCCUUGACUUACCUCUGUAUGAAUCUUUCGAAGACCUGCGGGAGAAGCUGCUGAUGGCAGUGGAAAACGCCCAGGGCUUUGAAGGUGUGGAUUAAGCGGCCACAUUCCCUCCCCUUGGCAGGAGUUCUGCUGCCCGUCUGGGCCCAGGCCGACUCUGGCAGAACAGUUGCACAGCGCUGGUUCAUGGAGCAAAGCCUGCAACCGUGCCGUGGUGCAGCCAGUGAGAGCUGUGCCCUGCAGGUGCCUUUCCUGGCCCUCCCUGCAGCCGCCGACUGCCCCACACAGACUGAUCACAUUUCAGCAGGACUUACUCUAUUUAUGUUGUGCCUCUGUAGGCAAAGCCCUUAAUAAACAUUUUACAUCAUUUCUAAUGACAAUGAAUGGAAUUAAUAAUUUUACAGGUCUAGUAUUACAGCUCAUGUUUACUUCAAUUGAUUGAGACACUUUCAGAUUUUACUUCAUGGCAAUUAAAUAUCAUAUACUUGGAAAAUGAGCAUUUUUCUUAAUUUCAUACCAGACUUGAUGCCAGUGUCAUUUUUUCAAAGCACAGCCUGAGCCUCACCUUCCCACAGGUUUCAGGCUGUGCCGGAGGCUCUGUCCCCACAGGCUGCACGUGGAGAGCAGCUCUUUUCCCGAGCACUUGGAUGUUUUUCUCUGGCUGACAGCGCAUUUUUGUACAGAGACGGAGCAGCUCAAGUCAAGGCAGAAUCCUGGCAUACCCAGUCCCGCGUUCGCCACAGCAGCUGCCUGGGCAGUGGCAGUACCUGCAUGUACUAGAGCCUUCUGGGGCAGGGCUGGCAUCACCACUUCGGGAGAGGAUGCUUAGCCCUGCCGCGACCUCUGUACAGUGACUCUUUUGUUACCCUGGCACAAGGGAGGCAUUCUGACUGAACCCUGGCACUGUGUGAUGUGGCACCAUGGAAACGGCUCCAGCUCGCCUCCCGUUGGAGCAGCAGUGGGGCUCCGGCUGUCUCUAAGGCACCAGCUCUGAAGGCACUUUAUGUAACACACGGCAGUCAUACCUGUUUUCUAUCAUGAGCAGUAAUGUGGUUCUCCUCCUCACUGCACUCGUCUUUCUGGUGCAAUAUCUAUCGGUUGUGAAUUUGGCUGCUGCUGAUGUAGAGAAGAAAACCAACACGCAGCUGUAGAGCUGAGCCUGCAGACAUGUUCCUCAGCAACUGUUUUUGUGAUUUAUUUUUUACUUAAUCACAAAGAUCUAUUUAAUAUACACUGCUAUCUAAUUGAUUUUGUUACCUAUGCCAUGUUGCAUGCUGAAACUAUACUGUCUGAGUUGCAUCUCUUUUGUGACAGAUUAAAAGUGAAAGAUUUGUACUUGA